AUGCCGCAAGUGGAUCUGGAAACUCUGGUUUCUGCAUGUGCCGGUGGCAAUGCUCACGACCGGAAAAUCGCCUGUGAGGAAUCUUUUGACGACGGCGAUCACCGGCAGGGAGUUGAGAAGAGAGAGGUAACAGAGAAGUCGGAGGUUCCGCCAGAUUUACCACCGGAAUCGUUUUGGCUCUCGAAGGAUGCGGAGUUCGAUUGGUUAAAUCAGAACGCGUUUUUCGAGAGGAAAGAUUCGACGAAAGGAAGUUCGACUUCGACGAACUUGAAUCCUAGUGUGAAUCCGCCUUCUAAUUCGAAUUCUCAGCGGUUUUCAUUGAACUUCAAAUCGAAGGCCUCGAUUCUCGGCCUUCCGAAGCUUCACAAGACUUGUUUUGUGGAUUCGAAGACUCGUCGCAAUGCGAAAUCUGGAAACGCGAGGUUGUUCCCUAAACAGUCAGGAUCUUCCGAAAAAUCGGACUCUGCUGUCGUCGAACCGGCAUCGCCGAAAGUUUCGUGUAUGGGGAGAGUGAGAUCGAAGCGAGAUCGGAGUCGCCGGUGGAAGAAUCGUCGGCGGUCGUCCGAAUCGGCGCUGCCGAAGGAAACAACGGACCAGAAAGACGCUAAACGUGGUUUCUUAUCUACUUUCCUGAAUCUUUUCAGAGGUUGGAAAAAACCGCCAGGGGUUAAAUCAACCGCUCCGAUAGCCGAAGAUGCGCCGGCAGCAAAAGCGCCUGAUAAGAUUACGCUCAACAUCGAUGCACUAACGGCGGGAUCGCUUCCGAGAAGAAGCGUCGAGAUCGAACCACCCGGUUUGGGCGGCGUUAAGCGGUUCGCAUCUGGAAGGCGAUCCGGUUCAUGGGUCGUCGGCGACGGAGAAUAA